CAAUGCAACACGAACAGUAUCUUCAUUCAAUCUGCUCUUCAGAAAGCUAUGAAGAUACUGUUGGUACUUGUGGGAUGCAUCCAACUAGCAACACCGCUGGAAAGGGUCCCUCUGGUGAAAUUCAAAUCAAUACGGAGUCACCUUUGGCAAAGGGAUGAACUGGGUGAAUUUUGGUUGCACCACCAACCUCAUGUCUUUGCUCGUAAAUACACUCAGUGUUUUCCUCUGCCUUAUUCCUUAGCAGCUGGAACUACUUCGGAAUAUCUUGUUGAUUAUAUGAAUGCUCAGUACUAUGGAGAGAUCAGUGUCGGGACUCCACCCCAGAACUUCAGCGUGGUAUUUGACACAGGCUCCUCCAAUUUCUGGGUUCCAUCCUCUUAUUGCCUGAGUGAGGCAUGCCAAGUACAUGAGAGAUUUAAAUCGUUUGAGUCUGCUUCCUAUGAACAUGGAGGGAAACAGUUUUCCAUUCACUAUGGGACUGGACAACUUGCUGGUAUAACUGGCAAAGACACACUGAGAAUCAGUAACAUGUCCAUAGUAGGACAGGACUUUGGAGAGUCAAUCCUAGAGCCUGGCAGAACAUUUGUUUUGGCGCAGUUUGAUGGCGUGUUGGGCCUAGGAUACCCCUCACUUGCUGUGGCUGAUGCUGUACCAGUAUUUGACCGGAUAGUAGAACAAAAGCUAGUAGAGCAACAACUAUUUUCCUUCCAUUUGAACAGGGACUAUGAUUCUGAAUAUGGAGGAGAGCUUAUAUUUGGUGGCAUAGAUCACUCUCUGUAUAAAGGUCAAAUUCACUGGAUUCCUCUUACAGAAAAGGGUUACUGGCAGAUAAGGCUUGAUAAUGUUAAAGUUAAUGGAGAAGCAAUGUUUUGCCAAAGUAGCUGUCAAGUAAUUGUCGACUCAGGCACAUCACUAAUCACCGGGCCAAAAGCAGAAAUCAAACAACUACAGGAGUUCCUAGGAGCAACACCUACGUUAUUUGGCGAGUACAUCUUGGACUGCAGUCGUGUAUCCAGCCUUCCAAGGAUUACAUUCACCAUUGGACAGAGGGACUAUACAUUGACUCCUGAGCAUUAUACAAUAAGGGAAAAGUCACAAAAGGCAGAAUUUUGCCUGAUCGGAUUCCAGGCCAUGGAUAUCUCUACAAAAGAUGGGCCUCUUUGGAUUCUGGGAGAUAUAUUUAUGUCCAAGUUUUACACUGUGUUUGACCGUGAGCACGACAGAAUUGGAUUAGCAAAAUCUUGCAAAAAGAAAUAAUAAACAAUAACAAGUG